UAUAGCCCUUUCCUUCAAACAACGCUAACUUUUUUCACACCAUACCAGACCAGCCCAUGAAGAGAAGCAGAGAAGAUGGCGGCGACGCCGCCGAGUUCGACAGCAUCGCCACCAUGGCCACUUGCCUCAUGCUGCUCUCCCGCGGUGGCGACUCAUUCGUGUCCCCCUGCCGCGACUCGCCCAUCCGAGUCUUCGAGUGCAAGACCUGCAAUCGGCAGUUCCCAUCGUUCCAGGCGCUGGGAGGCCACCGGGCCAGCCACAAGAAACCCAGACUCAUGGGCCUGCAGAACCCGGCUGGCGACUUGGGCAUGCCCGUCCCCUCGAAGCCCAAGACGCACGAGUGCUCCAUAUGCGGGGUGGAGUUCUCGAUCGGGCAGGCGCUGGGGGGCCACAUGAGGCGCCACAGAGCCGCCUUGAGCGGCGAAACCAACCGGCAUCCACCGCUGCCCGUUAAAGGGUUUGAGGAGGCAUCUCCGCCGCCGCGAGUGCCGGUGGUGAAGAGAUCGAACAGCAGGAGGGUGCUGUGCUGGGAUUUGAACCUGACGCCUUUGGAGAAUGAUGUGGACUUUGGGGUGAUGGGGCGGUUCAUUGCUUCUUGUGAUAAGCAUGAUCGAUCGAGUACAGUCUCCAUUCUCCAAACUUAGUUUAGUUUUUUUUAUUGAAUUUUUAAUUUUUUUUUGAAUUUUGGUUCUUACUUCUUAGGUUGUAUCACGUAUGAGGGUGUAGGCUGAGCGUCGAACCCAUGAUGUGUUUAAAAAAGAAAAAAAAAAAAUGAUCUGCUUUACGGCCGGAUCAUGUGGUUGGCCACCAUCAUUUGUUUAUUUGUUCAUAGAGUGAUAAGAAUUUGUUGGUGAUAAAUGAUAGUUGGCGUCAUAUAUAAAUAUAUUUGGGUUAAUAAUUA